GCAGCCCUGGAUUUAAAAGGGCAACGUAUGCAGGUGAAGAUCCAAGGGCAGAACAAGGAGAUGCUGGCGGCCGCCUGUCAGAUGUUCCUGGGUAAAUCAGAGGCUGAAAUAGCCCAAAUCGCCCUGGAGACCUUGGAAGGGCAUCAACGAGCCAUCAUGGCGCAUAUGACAGUGGAGGAGAUCUAUAAGGACCGGCAGAAGUUCUCGGAGCAGGUUUUUAAGGUGGCGUCGUCCGACCUGGUCAAUAUGGGGAUCAGCGUCGUCAGCUACACCCUGAAGGACAUCCACGAUGACCAGGAUUACCUGCACUCCCUUGGGAAGGGCCGCACAGCCGAGGUUCAGCGCGACGCCCGCGUGGGGGAAGCGGAGGCGAAACGGGACGCGGGGAUACGUGAGUCCCGUGCCCGCCAGCAGCAGCUCAGUGCCCAGCUGCUCAGUGAGACAGCCAUGGCUCAGGCCCAACGUGACUUCCAGCUGCAGCAGGCGCAGUGCGACGCCGCCGUCAAUGCACGCAAAGCUCAGGCUGACCUGGCCUAUCAGCUGCAGGUGGCCAAAACGAAGCAGCAGAUCGAGGAGCAACGCGCCCAGAUCCUGGUAGUGGAAAGAGCCCAACAGGCCCAAAUCCAGGAGCACGAAAUAGGGCGAAAAGAGAAAGAAUUGGAGGCCAACGUCAGGAAACCAGCCGAGGCCGAACGCUUCCGCCUCGAGCGAUUGGCUGAGGCCGAGAGGCUGCAGCUGUUGGCUCAGGCUGAGGCCGAAGCCGAGGCCAUGAAGGUGACGGGUGCUGCAGCGCUGCGCGCAGGCAAGUGCGUGGUGUCGGCUCGAUGUCGCGCGGAGGCGGCUCAGGCUGCAGCGAAGGCGGCUGCGUUCCAUGAGUUCCAGGAGCCCGCGGUGCUGGACAUGGUGCUCAACAGGCUGCCACAGGUGGGGGGGCUAUGGGGCGAGAUCUAUUGUCAUCUACUGUUGGCGGAACAUAGAGAUCUUGUGUGGGCGGCAUGA